ACACCGUGUCCAACUGAUUAAUUCAGUAUAUUUACGUGACUCAUGCUGCACUUCUCCCUUUCGCUCACAUUCAACCUCCAACAUGGCGUCGGAUCACUCUUCAGAUCCCUCUUCAGAUCCCUUUGACCACCUCUGUGAUCUCUACGCCAAGUACAGGCAAACGAAAGAACCCGAAGGGAAGGGGGCCUUCUACUCGGAGAAAUGUCUUCAGAUCUGUCGUCAAGACCCCACCUACGCCGCUCGUGAUGGCGCAACAAUCGUGCGAUAUCUUGGGGAAGGUGGAGAGGUAGUCGCUCGCAUCCUUCGUGAAGCUGGCCAACUGAAGGAGGGUGAAUCUGUCGGCUCAAAUACGAAGGCCAACUACUACACCAUCCGACGCCUCACCGCUGCUGAGGCCACCGAUUUCGGCACAAACGAGCAUGUUAUUCCCGCCGGCUUCUCAUCCGUCACCGAAGUGCAGAGUAGAGCCAAGUCUGAGAACUGGGUGGGCAUGAAGGUUGACAUGUGGAUGGACGACGGCGAUGGCAAAGGCUUUAUGGUCAAAGCAAAGUACUGGUGGCGGCUUGAAAAGUCAGAUAAUGAGGCUGGAGUUUGGAAACAAAUCAUGCACGACAUUGUGUACCUGGGAGUUCGCGAUGGGACCGAGGGCGCUGACGGAGGGGUUUUGAUCAAGGACGAUUGAGAAUUGGUAUGGGCAUGCCUCUGAGGGUCUGCUACAAGGUAGACCAACAAUCAGUAGUCUAGCUGUUGGCCUCGCCGUAUGAACCUAGCUAUCUUAAAUGCGCUCCCAGACCGAUUAGGAAAAUAAUCUUCAAUGUUGUGGGAACUCACUUUGCGACCAGACCCCUCUUCGACUGUCCUCAAGCAGCACGCAGGGUGCUGAGCACUUGUGUGCUUUGGAUUACAAGCCGGGACUAGCAGUCGCAUUACCGUCUAUUCUAG